CGGGAAUACCGACUUCCUGAAUCCAAGUAUAUAUCUCCCCUUUCUACUCAUGUAGCUGCUCUCUCCAUCUCGAGAACUAGCAGCUCUCAGAUAUAUCUUCUUGCUUUGAAUUCGUGAGGUAGGAUACGAUGGUAGUCACCGAGCCUCCACGACGACGGAGACGAUGCGGGCCCAAGGUAAAAUCAGGCUGCCAGACGUGCAAGAUUCGACGUGUGAAAUGCGACGAAGCCAAACCAUCUUGCCAAAGAUGCACGAGUACCGGGCGAAAAUGCGACGGGUACGCUCAAGAUAUAUUGAUUGCUAGACCCCAAGAUGCCCAAGAUCGCGCCAUUAUACACAGGAUUUCUACAUCUAUGCCCGGAAAUAGGGAGGAGAGACGCGGGUUUAGUUACUUUCUGCAUAACACGACGGUCGAGUUAUCCGGAUAUUUCGAUACCUCGUUCUGGCAGCAAUUGUUAGUCCAGGCUUCGACAGCGGAGCCAGCGUUAAGGCAUGCUGUUAUUGGGAUUGGAUCUCUGCAUGAAGCUUUUACGAAUAGGCGGUUGGAUUACUCUCCGGAUAGUAUCGAGCGGGGAUUCGCGAUAAACCAGUAUACCAAGGCCAUUGGACAUCUAAGAAGGUCUCUGGCAACUGGCAAACAGGAGCCUUUGACAGCUUUGAUGUCGUGCAUACUUUUUGUGUGCUUUGACAGUAUAAGAGGCCAUUUCAAAUCAGCUAUGCUGCAUUUGCAAAGCGGUCUCAGAAUUCUUCGUGAUUUCAAAUCGAAGUUGGCGGGCGAUAGUAUAGCUAAUAGCCUUGGUCAUCUUUUAAUAAGACUCAGCAUCCAAGCCGUCUUAUACAUCGACACCAGGGAGGCUUCAGACCAGAAAGCAUUUGCCGCUGAGUUGAUGGAAGUCAACAUGCCGGAGACCCAUAUUCCCGAAUCGUUCGAGUCAUUAGAGGAAGCUCGAGACGGCAUGUGCCAAGCUGCUAAUGCCCUCUUCCAAAUGUUCUAUAUGUGCGAUGGAGAUCUGCCCUACGUUUACCAGCAUGAAGCCCUUCCUCUGUACGAAAAAAACACAUCCCGACUCGCCAAAUGGAACACAGCCUUCGAGACGCUGAUGCAGGCCAAGAGUCGAAGUUUCACCAGUAAGCAGAUCCGAGGAGCUGCAUUACUGAAGAUCCAACAUACCACCGCUACGAUCAUGGCAGAUGCAGCCUUGCCAGAUAUGAAUGAUUCCCGUUCCGUAGCCGAAAUUUCCAACACACCCGACAACUUCUUGAAAUACACCGGAGAUUUCCAGACGAUAGUGAACCUUUCGCGGUCCCUCAUUUUAGCCUCGGAAGCAGAUGCAAAGAGUGGGAAGUCAGCUCUUACCUUUUCCACGGAUUUGGGACUGAUAGCACCGUUAUAUUACGUUUGUAUUAAAUGUCCUGACCGUUCUAUCCGUACAGCAGCAAUAGAGCUGCUAAUGCGCGAUCCCCGGAGAGAAGGGAUGUGGGACAGCGUAGCUACGGAAAAGCUGAUCCGGGGGUUUUGGGAGAUCAAAGCAAAGCACCCGGCUCUGCAGAUAGGGAAUGAAACCACUCCAUCCAUUCCGUUCAAGGGGCUCGAUCUGGUAUUCAUGGAUGGCAUGAAGUGGGAAUGGAAAUGGAAACAGCCGGUGACGGAAAGUAGAGCGGACACCCCUGGUGAUCUCUGCUGGACUGAUGGCUCGUUCUUCCCCGCUGGAACAAACGUGUGGUAGGUAGGCACAUGAUACGGAAAGGAUCAUGAAACAUCCAUGUUGACGACCAGAACCGCCUCUUGAGUCUUUGGGACUACAUUCUCUAAGAUACGACGCUGGAUUUUGAAGGAGGACUAGAAGAACAAUUCAUUGAUUUAGAGCUACGUCUCUUUCUUUGGGAUAAAAGGGUAAACGAAGAUCAGUGGGCGUUCCGGCUCGUUGUAUGUAAGAGCAAUGGAAGAGGCAAGGGAACUCCUCUUCUUCUAUAACUUAAUAUAAUAUAAAAUAUCACUUGAGACC